AUGGCUGGAGUUGUCCAUCAUUUGAUAUUUCUUCUUAUUUUCAUCAUUACUAAAACCAAUGCAAUCCCACCACCUAACCCGGUACAAUGCAACUCAACCGGAUGCAUCCUCCACAACUCCUACGGCGUGUGGGGUGACCGGAAGGAUUGUCACGUCUCCGGCGUGAUUUAUCCGGCCACCGAGGAAGAACUCCGGCAAGCCGUGGCGAAUGCGGCCAAGAACAAACUCAAGACCAAAGUCGUGACUAGAUUUUCCCACACCAUUCCGAAACUAGCUUGUCCCGCGACAUCUGAUCAAAAUGCCGUCCUCAUUAGCACCGAGAAGUAUAGUUCGAGUAUCGCCGUCGACGCGGCGAGUAAGGUUGUUACUGCCGAUUCGGGGGUGCCGUUGAGGGCGCUUAUUGAUCGGGUGGAGGCGGCGGGGAUGAGCUUGGUGGCGGCGCCGUACUGGGAAGGGGUGACGGUCGGCGGCGUGAUUAGCACCGGUGCACAUGGGAGUUCUUGGUGGGGUUUGGGCGGAGCGGUUCAUGACCAUGUCGUCGGAGUUAGGCUGAUUGUUCCGGCCACAGCGGCGGAAGGGUAUGCAAAGGUUGUUAACCUGCGAACCCAAGAUCCACUCUUUAACGCUUGCGUAGUUUCUCUUGGAAUGCUUGGAGUCAUUUCCCAGGUAACUUUCUCAUUGGAGUUGGCCUUCAAGAGGAGCAUAACAUACAAUUUCACAAGUGACGAUGAUAUAGAAAACCUAGUUUUUAAUCAUGCAAAGGAGUAUGAAUUUGGAGACAUCCAGUGGUAUCCAUCCCAGAACACUGCUGUUUACAAAUAUGAUAAUAGGGUACCUUUGAACACAAAGGGAGAUGGAGUCAACGAUUUCAUAGGCUUUCAAUCCAAUUCCAUUCUUAUUUCCAAAUCAGUCCGAGCAACAGAGAAAGCAUUCGAGAACGCAAAGAGUGUGAAGGGAAAAUGCACAACCGCCUCAAUUACGCUGGCCUACAAAAGAUUAACAGCAAACGGAUUAAAGAAUAACCUAAUUUUCACUGGAUAUCCAGUUGUGGGUCACCAAGGCAAAAUGCAAACUUCAGGUUCUUGCCUUUAUUCAUCCUCCAUAGCCAUUGACCAGUCCUGUGCAUGGGAUCCAAGAAUUAACGGCCUGUUCUUCUACGAGUCAACGGCCAUUUUUCCGGCUAACAAAUUCGUUGACUUUCUAAGCGAUGUCAAGAAACUCAGAGACCUAAACUCAGAAAACUUCUGUGGGGUGGAUAUCUACAAUGGUUUGCUCAUACGUUUCAUCAAAAAAUCGAAGGCGUAUUUAGGUCAAUCCGAGGACUCAGUCGUUGUGGAUUUCAACUAUUAUCGCGCGGAUGAUCCUUCGACUCCUAGAUUGAACCAAGAUGUUUGGGAGGAGAUUGAGCAAAUGGCGUUUUUCAAAUACGGCGGGAGGCCUCAUUGGGCGAAAAAUAGGAAAGUAGCGUUUCUGGACGUGCGGAACAAGUAUCCUAACUUUGGGAAGUUUAUUGAAGCCAAGAAACAAUUGGACCCUUUGAAUCUGUUCUCGAGUGACUGGUCUGAUGAAAUACUGUUUGGAAAACAAGUGGUGAAGAAGGAUGGUUGUGCUUUGGAAGGUGAAUGCAUUUGCUCAGAGGAUAGGCAUUGUAGUCCUGAUAAAGGUUAUCUGUGCCAAUCUGGUCUUGUUUAUGAGCAAGCUCGUGUGUGCAGGCGCUCAAUUACUGCUGCUCCUGUCAAAUUGAUUUAA